GACGGCCGGUUUUGGUGAGUGACGUUUGUUUAUCGUGUGUUGUGGACGCACGUGUUGGAAUCGUGCGGGUUAUUUCACGAAUAAUUUGAGAUUUUGUGGAUAAUUUUAAAAUAUUAAGAUGGAAGGAGUUUCUAAAAUAUUCGGUGGUUUCGUGGACAUGAAGGAGGGAAAUUUUAGGCACUUGUUGGUCGCACUUGACGAACAUCAAACUUUAUGGACCGAGCCUCAGCACGAAAUCGAGUCUCAUUUCGCCAAAGUCGGGUCCCUGCUGGGCAGUGCCCUAACGCGAGACCGUGGACUGACCGCUCUCGCCCACCUGAUCCCCCAGUGUCCGCUGGAAAUCCUGGAAGGAAAGCUCCAGUACUACAUCAACGUGUGCGCCAAGGUUUGCAAUCAGAGGGGCCACGUGGCGACCGUCCCGCUGGCGUACGAUGUGCUGAAGCAACUGUUGCUAAAGUCACUGGAGUCUUCCGACUUGAACAAGUUGAUCAUCAGCAACAUUCCAAAAUUGCUGGACAACGUCACGUCGAACGCGGACUCUUCGACUCGUGCUGCUACGCUUGAUUUUCUGGAAAUGGCCAUGCGGCACUAUCCGGGAGUUACCGGUUCCGCCAAGAACCGCAUCGAAGACUAUCUGUACUCGCUGGUCGAUUCGGACGAUGCCAGUGUUGUACAUCGCACCGGAACGUGUCUCCUGCUGUUGCAGCAGAUUCGUGGCGGUGGACAGCACGGAACUCUGCACAAGAAAACCUGGGACGAGUAUCAGUGCAAACUUGUGGACUCGAUCCAUGAGCUGCUGGGUCGCGUGUUUGAGCACACUCCGGAAACGUUCGAUGUGGACGAGAAUCUCGAGUGUUUGAAGCUGCCCGCGCUGGUCGUCGAAGAUGAACCCGUCGAUGCUGCGCGGCGCAUCGUGACGCGACUGCUGAAUUUGAUUUGUUAUCUUGAGAAGGCCGUUGUGGGAGCUUAUCCGGUGGCGAAGCCUUUCCGACCGAUGAAACUGCUGAAUGUCGUACUUCGAGGUCACUCCGUGAGCUGCCAAAUGAUGGCGAAGAACUCAAUUCUGGAGAACGUGGCCCUCGGAAUGUUCCUUCCGCAGAUCCAAGCGCAGCUGUUGAAGCUGCUGGAUGGAAUGGUGCUGGUGCUCAAAUCGUACCUGUUCCCGUUUCGCAACCUGUUAACGGACCUGUUUGAUCAGUGCCUGAAGGGAACAGUCACGGUGGACGGUAAGGGCCGUAAGAAGUCGUACAUUUCACUGCGAACCAAAGUCUACGGAAGCAUUGCGGUUUGGUGCGAGACGGUAAAAUUUGGCAGCGGGGUUGAGGAGAUUUCGGACAGUUUGCUGGAGAACAUCGUGCAAGACGUCGCGCCGUACGAGCCGGAAGUCACACUUCAGGUGAACGCUAGUCGCCAAAAACUAUCCGCCAAGGCAAAGAAGAAGCUCCAAAAGGAGCAGAACGCUGCAACGGCUCUCGCCAAAAAUCACACCUCCGGAUCGCUGGAGAUCUCGAAACAUCUGCAGUCCGAUUACUGCAACGAGGUACUCUGUCUCGCAGCGCUGCGCUGUCUGGCCAAGGUUCUGGACGCGGCCGGGUGCUUCAUCAAACCCGUAAUGCAAAAGCUGUUGCAAGAAAAGAUCGUCUCGCUGUGCGUUUCCGUAUUUUCCCAGCUUAACACCGGAGCCAAACAGAACCUGUACUUUGAGCCCAACUGCCGUCAGGCAUUGCUCGUUGCAUUGAACUCGCUGAUCAUCAAUCCGCACCACCUGUGUCCGCCACCGUUGCAGUACGGCGUUACUAUGUUCAGCGCCGCGGAAAGCCAAGAUCCAAACGUGGAUGUCCGAUCGAAGGCCGCCGAACUGGCACGGGGUGCGGAAACGCUGCUUCAUCCACGCAAGGAGGUGUUCUACUUCCCACUGGAAGAAAACGCCGUCAAGGACAUGCUGGCGGCAAAGAAGAAACACCCGCUGAAUGCGGUGUUCUUCCAGGAAAAGGAGAAACGCUCGAUGCCGAUCACGUUUGAAAAGGUUAAGUCGCAGGAAUGUUCGGAAAUGCAAAGCGAAUCGGACGAUUCACCGAAAGAGGACGAACCGAUCGCUCGAGUAGAAGAGAUCACGAUCGAGGAAGACCAGCCUUCGGCGGUGGUCUACGAUCUGGGUGACGACGAAACCGAGGCUGACUUCAACCGGGGUGAACUGCAGAAAUCGACCGCUGAAAAGACGGUCGAGUCGGCCGCGAUCGUCCUGGAUUCCGAGGAGGAUAACGAGGUUGAGUUGGUUGAAACGGAGCAGACUAACGAAAGCAAGCGAGUAGAAACCCCGAAAAAAGCGCCAGAAGAACCGAAGACAGCAGCCGAAGAACCAUCCGUUGAAAUAUUGGGAACACCGAAGAAACCAAUGCAGUCGAUUGCACAGAAACGCAAACCGGAAGCAGAGGAAAAAUCGCAACAUAGUGAGGAAGUUGAUGGAAAGCGCGCCAAAAUUGCGGAAGGCGAUGACGAUAUCCUCGCACGCGUGGAUGACCUCGUUGCAGAGUUUGUGGAUGAGCUCAACGAGGACGUUUAAUCGAUGGUUUCAAGUGCUUUUCACAUUAUCUUGUUAAUUACAACAAUUUACACUCUCAAGCAA